UGUGUGGGAGUUCCCGGUAGUUAUAAGUAACCCCCACUCUUCCUGUUCCUCAUAACUGGAGUCAGGACAGUACGCAGUUUACUACUUUCUGUUUUAACAUAUUGUCCUGCUACCCCUGUAAACAACAAGACCAAACACCGAUAUCCACAAGAUGUCCCAGUGGCAGGACCUGCUGAGGCUGGACUCAGCCAUCCAGGGCCGCGUGAGCCAGCUGUAUGAGAGAAAGUUCCCCAGAGAGAUCCGCCACAGUCUGUGCGUCUUGAUAGAGAGCCAGGACUGGGAUUUGGCAGCUGUGGAUGAAAAUGCAGCAAGCAUAUGUUUCCGUGCACUCCUGGUGAAUUUGGAAGAGCAGUGGAACAGUUGUGUGCAGGAGAACAACAUUUUGCAGCGACCUGAUUUUACAGGGAUGAAAUACUACCUGCUGAAAAACUUUGAAGAUGAGCCACUGAACUUGGCGGUAAUCCUCUCUGAAUGCCUGAAGGAGGAAAAGAAGAUCCUGGCUUCUGCCUCUGAAGCACAGGGUUGCAGCAGUCCAGCCAUGGAUCCAAAAUGGAAAGAGCUGGACAACAAAGUCAGUGAACUGGAAAGACAGUCUUCGGAGGUGAAGAAGGAAAUACAGUCACUGGAGCGCCUAAAUGACGAGCUUGACUUCAUACAGAAGACCUGGCAAAGCCAAGUGGAUCAGCACAUUGGAUUGAACCACACUUUUGUGGAAGAGGAAUGUCACAAGAGGAUCGACUUUAUCACACAAACAAAGCAGAUGGUGCUGCAGCAGAUAGUGAACAUUUUGGAACUGGCACAGCCGAUUGUGGCGACUCUCACAGACAUGGAGCUGCCUGAGUGGAAGCGCAGGCAGCAGCUGGCCUGCAUUGGAAGUCCAGUUGACAUCUGUCUGGACCAUCUCCAGAAGUGGUUCACGACUGUGGCAGAGGUGCUACUACGACUACACGAACAGCUGCAGAACCUGCAAGACCAGAACAAGAAAUAUGGCAGCGCUGAUGCCUCCAGCCUCCUAGGUCGUAUGGCCGAAAUUAAGAACACGACACUAUCCUUAUUCACAAAACUUCUUACAAAUGCUCUCGUGGUUGAGAAACAACCUGUCAUGUCGAGUUUACCACAACGACCUCUGAUACUGAAGACCAGGGUGCGCUUCACAGUGAGAGUGAGGUUCUUGGCAAACCUCCCAGAAUUCAAGUACCUGCUCAAAGUCAAACCUGUAUUUGACAAGGAUGUUGAAGAAGCCAAGGCGGUUAAAGGGUUUCGUCACUUUGACUUCAACAGGGAUGAGUGUAAGGUGCUGGACGUGGACUCGCCUCGAGGAGACUUGGUGACAGAAUUUGGUCACAUGUCUCUCAAGGAAAGCGAAGGAAGAGCCAAAGGAUCACAUGAGACUCGUCUGCCAGUCACUGAAGAACUCCACGUCAUUAAGUUUGUGACACAGUUUCAGUACGCUGGACUGGAACUUAACAUUGAGGCCAGCUCUCUGCCUGUGGUUGUCAUCUCCAGUACCAAUCAGGCCGUCGCUGCCUGGGCCUCUGUCAUGUGGUACAACAUGCUGUCCACUAGUGAACCCAGGGACCUGUUGUUGUUUGUGGACCCUCCUCCACUCACCUGGCAGCAGCUGUCGCAGGUUCUCAGCUGGCAGUUUUGGUCCUGUGGCAAACGGGAGCUCGACGAAGACCAGCUCUCCGUGCUAAGAGACAAAAUUGUGGAUGACCCCGAAGGUCUCGUUCACUGGAACAACUUCUCCAAGAAUGAAAAUAUAUGGAUUUGGAUUGACGGAAUCCUGGAUUUGAUCAAAAAACACUUGGUGGAUCUUUGGCGGGAUGGGUCCAUCAUGGGGUUUGUGACCAGGGAUAGAACACAGGUUCUGUUGCAAGAAAAACAUCACGGGACUUUUCUGCUCCGCUUUAGCGAGAGCAGAAAACACGGAGCCAUCACCUUCAGCUGGGUUGACCACUCCAAUGGUGAGCCCUUUGUGCAUGCAGUAGAUCCCUACAACAAGGAUGAGCUGUUGUUGACGCCUCUGCCAGAAAUCAUCUACCACUACAGUCUGAGAGGCCGCAGGGGCACGCACACCAAUCCUCUGAUCUAUCUGUACCCAGACAUCCACAAAGACGCUGCCUUUGAACGCUACUACAACUCCUCUGCAAUGUCGACACCUAAAAUGUCUGGGUACGUUCCCAGAACAAAAGGGGAUUUCUCAGACAAUCCUACGCCGCCUCCGUCUCCACCCAGGGACAUGCCCAUGAUGGACAUGGACGUAGACGUGACAGAGGAGGAUGAUGAACUGUUUCAGGAAUUAUCUGAGUUCUUUUUCUGUAACAGCCCUACUUUUGACAUCUCGUCAAGAAAUGGUUAGGGUUAGUUUUUUCGAUCUUAGUAGCUCCUUCUGAAAAUGUGCUGCGUCAUUGUGUCAAAAUCAGAAAGUCUUCUAAGAAUGUAGGUGUGUAAGAGUUGGAUCUAACAAAAUGUGUGGUGCUUUUCUACUGUACUGUUCAAAAGUAAACUGAAAACUUUCUGUUAUUCAGUAGUUGCAUCUCAGGAAUAUUCAAAUGAAGAUGAAAAAUCACCUUGCUGUUCUGUAGAUAUUCUUUACUUUUGUUUAUUAAAAUAAACAUCGGCAUGCAUUCCAGCGCCAAGAUAAAUGACA